GUAGUUUAUGUUCAUGGUUUAUCCUCCAUUUGACAUGAACUCUCCUGUAAAUCAGCAUGAUAUCAGUUUGACCUGUCCCCUCAACUACACAGGCUGAAUACACUGUGCUUGAAUAUAAGGUUAAUAUUUUCAGAGGAAAAAAAAACGCCGAACGCCGGUGAUCGAAUCUGCGCAGGCCUGGCUCAUCUCCAACGAGUCUACUGUCAGGUACAGCACUGGUGAGUUUGAAUUGAAUAAACUUUAUGCGUUUGUGUUUGUGAUGACGUAGAGUGACCGCCGGGGGGCGCCGCAGCUCCUCAGCUGAGAGACUGAAACCUGACUCCCCCAUCUGUGUCUCUGUCUGUAACAGCCCCCCCUUCCUCCUUCUCCUCCUCCUCCUCCUCCGGGGGAAGCGCGCGCUGCCAGAGCAGGCGGAGUCGGAAACGCGCAGCAGCGUCGGUCCGUCGUGUCUGCGGCUCCGCGGCUUCUCUCGGUGUCUGUGUCGGAUCCUCCGGGAGCGGCUUCUUCUUCUAGCCCGCAGGAAAGCGGUGGAUAUUUGGCCUCACGGACGGACGGACAGGGCGGCAGCGCGGCGGGGAUAGACCCGGCUCGGCUCGGCUCGGCUCGCCUCCUCCUCCCCUCGCUGCGGUGGAAAAACCCGGACGGAGGCCCGCAGUGUGCGCUCAGCCUCCCGCAGGCCUCCGGCCCGGACUCCCGCUUUUGUCCCGGAAAAUGGACGGAUUCACCGGCAGCUUAGAUGACAGCAUGUCUGGAGCAAGUGUCUCCGAUGUCAACGACCGUCUCUCAGCUCUGGAGCUUCGUGUCCAGCAGCAGGAGGACGAGCUGACGGUGAUGAAAGCUGCUCUUGCUGAUGUCCUUCGCCGCCUCGCUGCCUCUGAAGUCUCAGCAGCGUCCUCGACCAAGAAACAACAUGGAGGGAAAGGAGGUGCUGCACUGCGUGAAGCCUACUCAAUGUCCUGUAUCGCUAAUGGAGGAACAUCUGGACGUAAGAGAGACUCCACGUCUGUCACCAGGAAGGAGACGGUGUCGUCCGCUGCCAAGAGCGGAACGGACAGGAAGAAGGAGGUCAGCAGUCAGCGGUCUCAGAUGGAGGAGAUCCAGGAACAUGAGGAACCUCCUCGUCCAAAGGACCUGUCCCCCUCUCCUUCCUCCCCCCACCCUCCCCAGACCCCCCCGAUCCCCCAGCAGCAGAGACUGGUCCAGUCCGCCGAAAGCAGUAAAGGCCACGCACCUCUCAAAAGGGGUCCCAGCGUGAAGCGUUCCUCAGGUAUGGAGCGUUCUCAGAGCAGCACCUGGGACACGUCUGAGGACACCAGGAACAAACUGGUCAAAGCUGCGUCCACGUCCAAACUGCUCGCCAAGGUGGUGAAGAACGCAGACAGACACAAAGACGUGGUCGUCAGUCAAGCCAAAAUGUCGACACGAGAGAAAAACAGCCAAGCAGAGGGGAACCACAUUAAGAUGUUCAUGCGUGGGCGACCGAUUACCAUGUUCAUCCCUUCAGACGUGGAGAACUACGAUGAUGUUCGAACAGAACUUCCUUCAGAAAGACUGAAGCUGGAAUGGGUGUACGGUUACCGUGGCAGAGACUGCAGAGCCAAUGUUUACCUUCUUCCAACCGGAGAGAUUGUUUACUUCAUUGCCUCCGUUGUUGCCUUGUUUAACUAUGAGGAACGAACUCAGCGACAUUACCUCGGACACACCGACUGUGUCAAGUGUUUGGCCAUCCAUCCUGAUAAGAUCCGGAUCGCUACAGGACAGAUUGCAGGAGUGGACAAAGAUGGACGGGCGAUACAGCCUCACGUUCGUAUCUGGGACAGCGUCAGUCUGUCCACUCUGCAGGUCGUCGGAUUGGGAACAUUUGAGCGAGGUGUGGGCUCCCUGGCUUUCUCCAAAGCUGACUCUGGUCAGCACCUAAGUGUCAUUGACGACUGUAACGACCACAUGUUGACAGUUUGGGAUUGGCAGAAGAAGUCAAAGAUCGCUGAGAUCAAGACCACUAAUGAGGUCGUACUGGCUGUCGAGUUCCACCCUACCGACCCCAACACCAUCGUCACCUGUGGGAAGUCUCACAUCUUCUUCUGGACCUGGAAUGGGAACUCGCUGGCUCGUAAACAGGGAAUCUUUGGGAAAUAUGAGAAGCCAAAGUUUGUCCAGUGUCUGGCUUUCCUGAGUACUGGAGACAUUCUGACGGGAGACUCCGGAGGAGUCCUGCUGGUCUGGACCAGGAGUUCUGCUGAGACUCCCACCAGCAAGGGACCCAGAGCGUUCCAGAUCUGUCGGCAGGUUAAAGGUCACGAGGGCAGCGUGUUCUGUCUAUGUGAGAUGAGGAGUGGCACUUUGCUGACCGGAGGAGGAAAAGACCGAAAAAUCAUCCUGUGGGACCAUGAGCUGCGAGCGGAGAGGGACAUCGAGGUCCCGGAUCAGUACGGAACCAUCAGAGCAGUGUCUGAGGGGAAGGGGGAGGAGUUUCUAGUCGGGACGUCUCGUAACUUCAUCCUGAGAGGAACCUUCAACGACGGCUUCCUGGUGGAGGUCCAGGAACAUGGACACUGUGCCGACUUCCAUCCCAGCGGAGCCGUCGUCGCCAUAGGAACACACUCAGGAAAGUGGUACGUCCUGGACGCUGAGACAACCGACCUGGUGGCGAUCCACACCGACGGGAACGAGCAGCUGUCGGUGAUGCGCUUCUCCGUCGAUGGCAGCCUGUUGGCCGUCGGAUCUCAUGAUAACUUUAUUUACCUCUACACCGUCUCAGAGCGAGGACGCAAGUACAGCCGCUAUGGGAAGUGCACAGGACAUUCCAGCUACAUCACACACCUGGACUGGUCACCUGACAACAACUUCAUCAUGUCCAACUCUGGAGACUACGAGAUCCUCUACUGGGACGUUCCAAACGGCUGUAAACUGAUCAGAAAUCGUUCAGAGUGUAAAGACAUCGACUGGGCAACCUACACCUGCGUACUGGGAUACCACGUGUUUGGUGUGUGGCCCGAGGGUUCAGACGGCACUGACAUCAACGCUCUGAUGAGAUCUCACAACAGGAAGGUGAUCGCUCUGGCAGAUGACUUCUGUAAAGUUCACCUGUUUGCUUACCCAUGCUCCACCCCCAAGGCUCCCAGCCAUAAAUACAGUGCCCACAGCAGUCAUGUGACCAACGUCAGCUUCCUGUAUAACGACAGUCACCUGAUCUCGACGGGGGGGAAGGACACCAGCAUAAUGCAGUGGCGUUUGGUGGAAAAAUCUUCACUGUCUCUCAGCGACGGCCUCCUCUCUAACUCCGCCCCCCACAGGGUGGAUUCUGCCUUCACUCCAGCCCUCCCUGCAGCAGCCACACCCACCCAGGAACCUGACCCUCUUCCGACGGCUAAUGGGACCCAAGAACCCUCCCCAGACACCCCGCCCCCUACAGAGUUAGCCCCACCCAUCUCAGAGUUAACUCCACCCCACUCCGAGUCGACUCCGCCCCCCUCAGACAGCACGGUUAGUCUGAAGGACAGCCUGGAGCCGAGCGACGACACGGCCACGCCCAGUGACGAGGGACUGCCCCCCCUCACCCCCCCCUCAUAGACAGAGAGUGUAUGUGUGUAUGAGUGUUGGUACAGCUAUCUUUGUGAGGACCAGGAGUUUUGUACUUUGUGAAGACAUCUUUACAAAGUGGGGUCAUUUUGUUUUGUCCUCACUUUGUGUUGGAUGUUAAGUGUCUGUACGAGUGUCAGGACUUGGUUUGAAGGUCAGAACCAGGUUAACGGGAUUAUGGGUCAGGGUCCAGCUUGCAGUGGAAACAGACGAAACGUGAUGAUGUCACUGUGUGACUUCUCUGAUGUCUGUCCAGAACAAACG